AGAGAGAAGUGUGAGUCGCAUCUAUGAUCUAUGUGAGGGAGUGUGACAGGGCGCGUAUAGUAUGGGAUUAAGGAGCGUAACAUUAAUGAAUGAAUGUGGCAUCCGUUUCAAAUGUAUUUUCCUGUUCCCCGUCACUCACUCUUCCCUGUCUCCCAUUCACAGAAUAAGAAAGAGAGAGACUCUGUAACUGAGCGCCAUAGAAACUUCAUCUACCUCAACGACGCUCUACUUUCCCUCACCUUUCUCCACCUUGGUUUUUUCAGCUCUUGCUUCUUCUUCACCUUUUUAAUAUGUUCCCUCAUUUCCUUCUUCAUAUACUUUCACUCCAAAUUUCAUACUCUUUAUUUUUUCUUUAAAGUUUUUAGUGCGGCUAGGAUGUUGACAAGGUUAUCAUUGUUGUUUGUUGCUGGUCCAUCAAGUGUAGUACCAUUGUACUUGAGUAAAAGGGAGGAAAGGUGGUAGUGGAGUUAGUUUAUUUGGAGUUUCUUUGAAGGGAUAUUAUAUGCGAUUGCUAUUGCAGGAAUUGUGGGUCAGGGGCUUUUAAGGAAGAAGCUAUUUACUUUGCUUUUUUAUCACCUAGAUAUUAAACAUGCAGACACAAAAAGCAAGAAAUGGUACUUCAGGAGUGCCCCGAAAGAAAUCUCCUUCAAAUCCUCGGACUGCUCGCAAGACAAAGUCAUCAGGAUCUGAUUCUAACUCCGCUUCGUCAUCUUCAAACCCAGCAAAUAAAACUCCAAAAGAUAGGAGCCCAAAUGUCAAGUCAACACAAAGUCCAAUAUCUGAGAAAAACGGAACAAAUAGGGUACAUGAAUUGGAGUCUCGGCUAUCUCAACUUGAAGAAGAUCUAAAGAAAGCUAAAGAACAACUUAACUCAUCAGAGUCAUUGAGGAUAAAAGCUCAACAUGAGGCUGAAGAUGCAAAGAAUCGGCUUUUAUCCAUGUCAAGAGAGUUGGAGGAAUCACAGCGGCAACUUCUGGAACUAUCCAAUUCUGAAGAUGAGCGAAUUCAAGAACUAAGGAAAAUUUCUCAGGACCGAGAUCGAGAAUGGCAGUCUGAACUAGAGGCUGUCCAGAAACAGCAUUCAAUGGACUCAGCUGCUUUAGCAUCUGCAAUGAAUGAAAUCCAGAAACUGAAAAUGCAACUUGAAAGAGCACGUGAAUCCGAAGCUACCCGGAUUGACAAUGCUGAGUCAGCUGAUGCUGAGAUUCAAGACUUGAGGAUGGAGCUUGAUGAAACACUCUCUUUAAUUGCAAAGAUGAAAAAUGAGGUGAGCCAUUGUAGAGAAUCUGAAUCACAGGCAUUGGAAACAGUUGGUACAACUCAAAUGCAAUUGGAAGCUGCAAAUAAGACAGUGGAAACGCUCCGAUUAGAAGGUGCAAAAGCGUCAGAAGAUUACCAAUCCUUAGCUUUAGAGUUAGAGAAAUCAAGGUCUCAAGUAAGCUCACUGGAGGAACUUGUGAGCAAACUUCAGGAUGAUUUGGUCAGUGGAGUCGGUUUAUCUCCUCGCUUACCUGCAUUGGAAGUUGUAGAAAGCGAGGAGAUAAACCGGCUCAAAGCCGAGCUUGUUUCAGUUAAAGCUGAAGCAGGGCAGCUAAAAUCUGCACUGGAUGGUGCCGAGGUAAGAUAUCAGAAUGAGUAUAUCCAAAGCACAUUGCAGAUUAGAAGUGCCUUUGAACGACUGGAGAACACGAAAUCGGAAUCUUAUCAAAGACAAGCUGAAUUAUAUGAGGAAUUGAAAAAAUCUAAAGCCGAUGUUGAAGAGUUAAGGGCACGACUGAUGGAAAAAGAAUCUCAUUUGCAAGAUAGUGAUGUGGCUGAGUUGAAGGCAAGAUUAUUGGAGAGAGAGACAAAACUACAAAAUAUAACUGAAGAGAACAAUACACUUAAGAUGGAAAUAAAGAGAGAGGAGUUAGAGAAGAAUAAAAUCAUGGAUGAGGCUGUUGCUUCCGCUGAGGCAGCAAGGGCCGCGGAGCGAGAGGCUUUGACAAAACUCAGCUACAUAACAGAAGAAGCUGAUGAAAGUAACCGAAUGAUAACACGUGUAACUGAGGAGUUAGAUACUGCACAGGCGUCAAAUUUGGAGUUAGAGGCUGAAUUAAGGAGAUUGAAAGUACAGUCAGAUCAAUGGAGGAAAGCAGCUGAAGCAGCUGCUGCUAUAAUUUCUUCAGGAAACAAUAAUAAAAAAAUUGUGGAGAGAACCGGUUCACUUGACGGUGGCUACAACAAUUCUACUAUUGGUAACAAGAUGAGUUCACCUUAUUCAGAAGAAACUGAUGAUGACUCACCUAAGAAGAAAAAUACAACCAUGUUGAAGAAGAUUGGAGUGUUGUGGAAGAAGAAUCAUCAAUAGAUAGAUAUAUGCAAGGUUGCGUAACUAUGUAUAAUAUGCUUCUUUACGUUCUUGUUAAUUACCAUGUUGAGUAAAUGCUUUAACUCAUGUUUGAUUGUACUUGUUUGCUUUAUAUUAUUAUAUGUUGGGCAUCCUCUGGUUUGAUCACCAUUCAAACAAUCCUUGGAGAAUAUUUGCCUUAACAAAGUAGUGUCACAAAUGUUUUGAAGAUACAUUGUUUUGAUCA